AGACACAAGGAAAAACACGAAACCGAGAGAGUGAUAAUUACGAACAUAAAAAUGGCGCAGCCGCCACCUGAUCAGAGUUUCUAUCAUCCGCAUCCACAUGCCCAUCCCCAUCCCCAUCCACAGUUGCAGUUGCCACCACAAUUUCGGAAUCCCUUUGAUUUGCUAUUUGACGAACGUACUGGUGCAAUCAACUACAACUAUAUACGUCCAUAUAUUCCUAACCAAAUUCCUAAGCAUGAGGAUCUCUCCGAUUCCCUGGUUAUGCGUCGACCUCGACGCACCCGGACAACAUUUACCAGCGCUCAGAUUGCCGAGUUGGAACAGCAUUUCCUUCAAGGUCGAUAUCUGACAUCAUCACGGCUGGCUGAACUAUCAGCGAAGCUAACAUUGGGCACCGCCCAGGUCAAAAUUUGGUUCAAAAAUCGCCGACGACGUCACAAAAUUCAAUCCGAUCAACAGAAAGACUUUUCAUGUGACGGUAUGCCCUUGUCACCAUCAGUGGCGCAUGCAAUCAAAACGGAGACCCAAGGUAGUGCCAGCAGCUGUGGCAGUAACAAUAGUAACGGUUCCUCGACAUCUUCUUCCUCCUCAUCAGGUGGACCGCCAAGCUUACAGUCGUUGAGUCUGAACGGCAAUGGCGCCUCAACACCUAACCCCAUGACGCCAUCCCCAACUCCCACAACACCGACCACAAACUACAUGGAUCAUUAUAGCGAACCAGCAGCGUUCAAUCCCUACUAUUACAAUAAUUAUCAUGCAACGCAUUCGACACAUCCUCACCAGCCAACACAUCAUGCUACGCUCACCCAUCCGUAUGGUAGUACAGCAGCGGCUGCUGGAGGCCAAUACUAUCCUCCACCGCCACCACCUACAGGCCUACAACAUCAUCACAGUCAACAUCAACAACAAUAUCACAGUCCACAUCCCCAUCAAUUCCAGAUGCAGCAUAAACCGCACACCCCAACCAUUAAAGAAGAUCCGGAUUAUAAUUACAACAAUCCGUACUAUAUGCGCAUGCCACCGGCUGUUGUGUGUAAUCCAACACUGGGAAGUAUCGCAUCGAACACGGUGGAACCAUCCAGUGCCAUGUCACCGAACUCGGAAGUCUAUGAACCGUUGACACCGAAAAAUGACGAUAAUUCGAGUAUGUGUAAUGGUGCUGGCGGUAAUGUCGAUGUGGGUGAUAAUUUAGAUGAGACCAAAGCCAAAUUACGGGUGAUUGUAUCCAGUAAUGCCAACCGAACUGACGAUGCUUGCAGCAAUACCAAUCCAAUUGGAAACGAAGGUUCUGGCACACCGGCUAUCAACAUCAUGGAUGAGUGUACGGGUGCAUUUGCCAAAUACCAGAAGAUGACAACCGCUGAUCCGAAUGAUCCCAACUAUCAGUGUACGAUGGAUACGAUAAUGCACGCGUAUAACAAUCAUCGUAAUACAUCGGCCAACAAUCAACAAUAUGCCUACUGUUUCAAUUGA